AUGGGCUCCUUCUUGUACUUGAACCUCGGAGUUCCCAAGACUCUAAUUUAUUCUGCUGUUUUGGAAGUUUUGGAAGCUACAACAAGAUUGAUGGCUGCAGCGAAUCCCCAGUUCCCAACAACGGGAGCAAGUGAGGAGUUGCGGAAGCCGCCGGUUACGCCCUGGAUGAUUGAAACUCCUCCUAUUAAAUUGGAUACUGGUAAUUCGUCGAUUGCUAUAGGGCUAGAAGGUGCUGGAAGAAGUGGAAAGCUGGUAGAUAAGACGUUCAGGCCCACCGGGCGAGUGAUUAUGAGUCUUGUGAAAUGGAGAAAGGAAAGGAAAACUGGCAGCCUAGUACGUAGUACUACUGCUUCGUAGAGUGGAUGGGGUUGUGGCUAUGGAGUUGUGGCUAUUUCCGAACUCUUCCACCUGGUCGUAUGCUCUCUACAUCUGGAGAGUUCAUCCACUGGCCAAGUUCGGAACAUCGGAAUCCAAAUCCAAUUACUACUAUGCCGAGCACAUUUCUUGCUGCCUGAACGUCAUCUGAGAACCCCCUCAUAGUUUCAUCCAAGGCUCAGAUCCAAUGAGAGCAAAUCCAUUCCAGUAGAUCGACUGCCCCUCGAUCCGGAAGCAUCCAAUGGAUGUGUCUAACGUGAGAUUCACUCGGGCAAAGACGACAACGGAGGGGCUAUGGAUCACUGCCUCGCUGUCCCUGCUUCAGCCCUGUAACCCCCCACCCCCGGAGUAAGUCAACAUGUCAAUGAAUAACCGUAAA